GAUAUCUAGGAACUCAACACCAGAGAACCAAAAGGAAAGGAAGCAGGAUCAAGCAGAGAAAGGAGCUUGGCCGGCUUAGCAAACAGGCUGUGGAGCAAGGACCGUUUCUCAGAACGACCUUGGUUCAACAGUGAUCUCUGAUUAUGAGAAACCACUUCUAUACAUCUAAUGGCUCAGCCCAGUUUCCCCAAAGGCAAAGAGUGAGGCUUGUUUCCGAGGAUAGUAAUGUUUAUGGCCUCUGUCUGUAUAUGAUCCUGUGCUUUGGCCUGGGCCUGGGCUUGGGCUUGGGCUUGAGUCUGGGUUUAAACCCAGGUUUUGGUUUAAGCCUUGGCCUGGGUCUGGGUACAGGCUUGAGCAUAAGAUUAGGCAGGAGGCUUAACAUGCCCCGGAUGGCCUCCUUGGAUUCCGUGCACGAGGAGUCAACUGAUGAUGUUGCCACUGAGGAUGGUUCUGAGGCAUCUAUCAUAGAAGAGAUGGAUGAGGACAUUGAGCAGAUCUCAGAUGUAAGGGCAAUCGGUAAAUAUGAGCAUGACAGUUGGGAGGAUAUACAUGAAAUUUCUGGGGAUGAGACAGAGAAUGAAGGAGAAGAAGAAGAUGGGCAAGAUAGUCAUCAGACCAAAGCAACCUGAGAAAACCCAGCAGGACAGACUCAGCCCAGUUAAGAGGAAUGAAAUGAAGAAGGAGAAUGAAGAAAGAAUCUGUGGUUCACUGUCUUUUAAGUUUUCAUUCCUUGGAAGGCCAUGGAAAUUUUAAUGUUGACAUCAUUCCAAAGUUCAUCACACCCGAAGUAGUAUCCAAAGACAACUGCUCUUUCUUUCCUUUGUUACAAAUACAUUUGACCCUGUUUGGCAAUGUUAAAAAUAAUUUCAAUGAACAUAGAGAUUUUAUUUAAAUAAUCAUGAUACAAAUAUUUUAGUCAUUUAGUAAACUUUUCCUCAAUGAAAUGUAAACCUGUUUUAAAUCAUUUUGUCAUUACUCACAACCCAUAGAAAUGCCACAUUUAAAAUGUUUUCUUAUGAGAGAGAUGUGAAAGGCCUUGCUAACUGUGGUAUUUACUGCAUUAGUCACUAACUACCUUUAGUUCCUAACCAUUUCAAAUAUAAUUGGUCUGAUUUUACAUGUACUGUAGUUGUGAAAAAUACUGUAGGUUAAUAUACUGUAGACAUGCUAAAAUAGUAAUAAAUAUAGAGAAUAAAGAUACAG